AUGUCUGGCUCCAAUCUACAUAACGCUCUUCUCCGCCCUCCGAUCAUCCAGAUCCUGCGCGCUGCAGGCUUUCACUCGACGCGUCCAUCGGUCCUCGACACUCUCGCCGACCUCACUGCUCGCUACAUCAUGCUCCUCGCCUCAUCCACAAGCGCCCACGCAGCCAACGCCCAUUCAGCCGACCCCACCCCGGUUCUCGAAGAUAUCUACCAGGCCUUACAAGACGCAGGAGCUUUGCGGCCGCAGCUACGGGAAUGGGAAGAAGAAUGGCAAGGGGAAGAGGAUAUGCGAGGUUUAGAAGGAUUUCUGUCGUGGUUCACUGGCCCAGCCAACCGUGAGAUCAGACGAAUCGCCGGUUUCGUGCCCAGCGAAGGCGACAUGGUGGACCCGGACUCCCUCGAGAAAGAGGACUUUUUGACGGCUUUGAAGAAAAAACACAGUAAGACGGGUGAAGAAUCGCGAUACGCGGGCACCGUGCUGGGAAAGAACGCCGAGGAACACCCGAUUGUGAUCGAAGGUGGUGCGCCGACCCUUCAGGAUUGGGGUUUGCAGAUGCGAUCCCGUGCACCAUACAUGGGUGACAGCGACUCGUCUGUCGUGAGCAGCGCGCCGAGUAAUCUGUCUGAUGGUGAGGGUAUGGACGUGUGA